AUGGCAGUGACCAUGGACGGACCCUCGUCCAACCUCAGAAAGAGAAAGUCCAAUGGUAACCUCAACUCUGAUAACAUCCUCAACGGGAAAUCGACCGCCUUGUUGAAGAUCAAUGCUAUGCCUACUGAACAUGGUCAGGAGAUGGAUAAGAAAUUGGACGAACAUCAAUCAUACGAAUUCGGUGGUCCCGUAGGGGUCACAGCCAUGAUGGUCGGAUUCCCUCUUCUCAUGUAUUACCUCUGGAUUUGUCUGUGGUUCUACCGAGGCAAAUUUGUCUACCCUACCUCAGUAGAUGAUAUUCGACCUUUCCUCAAUAAAAUGGGUCAACACAUCUACGAGGGUGCAUACCCUACGAAAUUCGCAUGGGUGACUUAUUGUGGUCUCACUGCUAUUCAACUCAUCUUCGCUCAAUUCAUGCCUGGCCUCACUCAAAAUGGUCUUCCAGUCCCUUCAUUAGGUUACAAAGCCCUUCCCUACCAGUGCAACGCUCUUUACUCAUGGUACGCUACCCUACUUCUUGCUUAUGGUUUACACAAGACUGGUAUCUACCGAUUACCAUGGAUCAUCGAGAACUACGGCCCAAUCAUGACUGUCGCUCUUAUCGUUUCGUUCUCUGUAUCUAUCCUUAUCGAUGUUUGCGGACGACUUUUCCACUAUGGCGGUAAACCCAUGCGAUUAUCUGGUAACGUCAUUUACGACCAUUUCAUGGGUAUCACGCUUAACCCCCGACUUGGUCGAAUCGACCUCAAAAUGUUCGCUGAGGUCAGAGUUCCAUGGGUGUUGUUGUUCUUGAUUUCCCUCUCUGGUGUGGUCAAGCAGUACGAAGAGCUCGGUAGAGUAUCAUACAAUAUGUGGCAUAUGCUUUUGGCGACUGGUCUGUACAUCAACGCAUGUGCAAAAGGCGAACAUAUGAUUCCUCAAACUUGGGAUAUGUUCCAUGAGAAAUUUGGUUGGAUGUUGAUCUUCUGGAAUAUGGCGGGGGUCCCAUUCACUUACUGCUAUCCUGUCAUCUACAUGGCGCGAGCCCCACCAUCCACCUAUGAAUUCCCAUUAUGGGGUAAUAUUACGAUGUUCGUCACCCUCGUUACAUUCUAUUACAUCUUCGAUUGUUCUAUGGCUCAAAAAUCCAACUUCAAGAUGCAUCAACAAGGUGAACACAACCCUCGGAAGGCUUUCCCUGUACUGUACGGAUCUGAUCUCAAGAACCCAACUUACAUCCAGACUAAACACGGUAACAAGCUUCUCACUGGAGGUCUCUGGAGAUACGCCAGAAAGAUCAAUUAUACUGCCGAUUGGAUUCAGGCUUGUACGUGGGGCUUGACAGCUGGGUUCAAUACUCCCAUUACGAUGUUUUACCCGAUCUUCUUCUUGGCUGUGUUGACGCAUAGAUGUGGAAGGGAUUUCGCCAAAUGUUCGGUCAAAUAUGGUGAAGAUUGGGAUGAGUAUUGUAAGGUGGUUAGAUGGAAGUUCAUCCCUUAUAUCUAUUAG